CUUUUACCCAACACGUGCUGGGAGCAUGCGAGAUCCCGCGAACGGAGCUCGUGAACGGAGCUCACAAACGAAGCCCGCAUAUGUUUUCUCGCCUCAAUCACAAUUUUAAUUUUCCAGUAUUUCUUAAUCUCAACAACCACCCUAUUUACCUACAAUUCGUCUCAAUUCGAAGCAAUCACAAAAACCCCCUUUUACUCCACAAUGAGCCGCCGUCAUGCAGCGACUCCCUCCAUCGCCAAGCUCUGAUCACGAUCAGCAGCGGGGUACCGACAAUGACACGCGCGCCGCUCCGCCGUCUUCCUCCCUGAGCCCAGUCACGCCCCAACCAUCGGCCCUGCGCAUCCGCAAGGAGAAGCGCUUCCAGGUGUCUCGCGCGUGCGCACGCUGCAAACGACUGCAGAAGGGAUGCAGUCAGAGCAGGCCGUGCCAACGCUGCCUCGCCGUCGGCCUGGGCGAAUACUGCAGCGACCAGUCUACGACGUCACCCUCCGCGGCUUCCGUCGCCGACAAUGUAGAUCGUCCCGCAAGGAACCACUCGGCCGAGAUACCCCCGGCCUUUGGACGGCGGGCCGAUCUGCUCAUGGACAAACUCAUGCCCCACUGUCUCUUGCGCUUCCUGUCGCGCAUGCAACCGACCGUCCCCGUGCUGACGGCCGAUUAUGUCGACAAGUUGCAGAGCAGUGCUGCUCAGCCCGCCGAGACUGCACCCUCCGUCGAGGCCUACGGCAUACUGCAUGCCGUCUGCGCCAUGGUCCUGCUCCAGGUCGACCGCAACGGCGCCCUGCCCUUUGAGCUUCCGGACGAGGUCACCUCUACGAUGCACGGCAGUGAGCUCUUCAGGGAGUCUCUUCGGGCGCACCACCACGUGUCGCGCGCCCAGGCCACUCCAACCUUGGAGCGCGUCCUUCUGACCUUCUUCAUCUACGCAUGCCACUCUGCCAUGUCCCACCACAGCCGGGCCUUUAUGUUCCUGAGAGAAGCCACAACUGCUUACCUGCUGCUCAGCAGCGGCAAUAACAACAACGGCGGCGGCCCCGACCGGUGCGUAUCCCCUGUUUACAAGACCGCCUCGGUGGGCGUGCAGGACAGGCUGUUCUGGCUGCUGCUCAUCUCGGAGCGCUCCCACGCCAUCAGGUACAGGCGACCCAUCACGCUGUACAUCACCCCGUCGUCCCCGCGGCUCCAGAGCCAGCAGCGGCAGCUGCAGCAGCCCGACGCCCAGGGCCGCACAGCCGUCGAGCCCUUUGACGCGCUCGCCGGCUUCUGGAGCCUUGCCGCCUUGUUCGCACCCCUCAACACAACCUUUGUCGGCCUGCUCCUCGACGAGGAGGGCCGAAGCAGCGAGCAGCAGCCGGCCCCCACAGAGUCGGCCGCGGCGCUGCUGCUCAGCAGCAUCGACGAGAAGCUGGGCGCUGCCGUGCCCGACGACGUUGAAGAGCUCGAAGAGACCCAAAAGUCGAACCUGGUCGUCACGCAGCUCUGGCUGCGCAUCAUCGUGUGGCAGCUGCGUCUCCGCCUGGGCCUCCUCACCAACCUCGCCAUCGACGACGGCAACAUCAAAAUGGACGAGGAUCACGACGAAAAGCCCGACAACAAUCACAACGAACACCGAGCUCACCAACAAGGACAGGACGACGACGCUGACGUGGCUCUCUGGCACCCCAGCACCACGACGUACCGAUACCCGCUCGACGCCGUGCGAGAGGCGCGGCCGACGCUGGACGAGCUCGCCACCGACGCCCUGGCCGUGCACGGCGUCGGCAUGACGGAGAAGCUGUACGACAUUGCCUGCUCCAUGGUGGACGUGCUGGCGCUGCCACUCGUCGGCGGCGGCGGCGGCGGCGACGGUCUGUUUGUCUACGAGGAGGAUCUGCGUUUUGUCUGGGGCCUCGUCUCGGAUCUGCCCGGCGGGGCCGAGGUGUAUGACGGGCUGCUGAGGACGCACUUGGAGACGGCAUUGCCGCACUUUCAGGUCUAGGAACCAGAAGGAAUGACAGGAAAGGAGAGGGAAUGGGGGAGAUGGCGAUAUGGGCAGCGCGUUUGGGGCUUUUUUCGUCGUCUCUUUUGAAUCAUGAUGUAUGACUAGUGCAUGACAUGGCAUGGCAUGGCAAAGGAGUAUCGGAUUUGCACUCUUUGUUUGGGAGCUUCUUUUGUAGCAUUUUACACUUUUCUUGUUCCUCGGGUCUGCCGAGCCAUCAAGGCACAAGGGCGAGACGCUACCUACCUUGGUCUCGAGAAUACCUACAUUGACUUUUAUGGAAUUAGAGUGAGAUCAAGAUAUCAUCUGCGUCUGUUACCGUGUAGGUAUCAGUUGUGGUCGGGACUGGGCGGGAUCUGACUACGGUGACUGUGGUUGUGUGUUGGGGCACGCCGAGAAAGGAGCUGCGGAAGG